GCAACUCAUGUAAUCCAAAACAAAAAUGAACAUGACCCUCUCAAGUUCAUUUGAACUUGAGGGAAUCCCAAUCCAACAAAAACGACUCUUUAUGCGGGGGCUAAGUAUUUUAUCAAACACUUGGUCUGCAACUUCUUCUGGGUUUAAGACACUCUACUUUCAGCCUCACCUACAAAUCGGUAUCAUCGUUCAAUCACAGCAGUUAUUGUCUUCCAGUUCAUUAGCCUGUUUUUACUCUCCUAGCUCUAGUAAUUGGCGUAAAGAUUUCUCACCGAGAGAUAUUUGCAAAGAUGGUUCGUAUACCAACUUUGACAAUGUAUUAGCUUGCUUUAAUCAAAUGCUUCAUAUGAACCCUUUGCCUUCUGUUGAUCAGUUCAAUAACUUACUAUCUUUUCUUGUUAAAACGAAACGAUACGACACUGUUAUUUCCUUGUACAAAAGAAUGGAAUUGUUUGGAGUUUCAUCUAGUGUUUAUACCCUGACUAUUUUAAUGAAUUGUUUAUGUCAUUCGCAUCAUGUGAAGUAUGGGUUUUCAGUUUUAGGGAAAAUCUUUAAAUUUGGACUUAGACCAAGUAUUGUUACUUUUAAUACUUUAAUUAAUGGAUUGUGUAUAGAGGGUAGAGUUGUUCAAGCAGUGGAAUUGUUAGAUUAUAUUGUAGUGAGAGGGUAUCAGCCUACCGUAUAUACUCAUAGUAUGAUUGUAAACGGUUUGUGUAAGACUGAAGAAACUAGUGUGGCUAUUGGUUGGAUGAAGAAAAUGGUUGAGAGAGGUUUUGAGCCGGAAGUGGUGGCGUAUAGUGCAGUCAUCGACAGGCUUUGCAAGGACAGGCUGGUGAGCGAAGCUCGAGAAUUAUUUGAUCAAAUGACGAGUUCAGGGAUAUUACCGACUGUGGUAACUUACAACUCGUUAAUUUACGGUAUGUAUAAUUUAGGACAGUGGAAGCAAGCUUCGUGUUUAUUUAAAGAAAUGACGGAGCGGGGUAUAAAACCAGAUGUAUAUACGUUAAGUAUAUUGGUUGAUGCAUUUUGUAAUGAAGGAAAGGUUUUGGAGGCUUUAGGUGUAUUUGGCAAGAUGAUUCAAAAGGGAAUGGAGCCUGAUAUAGUUAUGUACAGCUCGUUAAUUCACGGUCUUUCCAAGUCAAGCUUGUGGAAGGAAUGUUUGACUUUUUAUGACGAAAUGCUUAAUCGAAAUAUCGAACCAGAUGUUGUUACUUUUAGCAUUUUGGUUGAUGUGUUUUGCAAGAAAGGAAUGGUUUCAGUGGCUCAGGGAAUCAUCAAUUUAAUGAUUCAAAGGGGUAUAAAACCCAAUGCUGUCACAUACAAUUCACUGCUAGAUGGCUAUUGUCUUCAAAACCAAAUGGACGAGGCCAGAAAAGUGUUUGGCGUAAUGCUCAACAGUGGUUAUGAACCGGACAUACUUAGUUAUAAUAUCUUGAUCAAAGGAUACUGCAAAAGUGCUGCAAUUGAUGAGGCACAGAAAGUCUUUAAUGAGAUGCCUCACAGAGGUUUAACUCCUAACUCUGUCACUUACACUACUCUUAUAAGUGGGUUAUGUCAGGCAGGGAGUCUUCAAAGUGCAGAGGAUCUUUUCACCGCAAUGUGUUCUCGCGGCAUGAGUCCUGAUAUAAUAACAUACUCAACUUUGCUUGAUGGCUUUUGCAAACAUGGGCGUCUUGAUAAGGGACUCGCAUUGUUUGAAUCUAUGAAAAAAAGCCGGUUUAAACCUAAUAAAGUAAUCUAUAGUAUACUCAUUGAUGGUAUGUGCAAAGCUGGGAAAUUUGAAGAGGCAAAGGAACUAUUUUCUAGCCUCUCAGAUGGUGAGUUGCAGCCUAAUAUUUAAAAUUAAAUUUAAUUGAUUCUACUUUGGACUGGUUUAGUAUGAAGAAGACGUAGUAUUAUUAAAGCUAACAUAGUAUGUAUUGGGUUCCUCAUGAGUUCUUUAAUCAUGAAUCAAAAUAUACAUUACACGAGACAAAUUCCGUCUCAAGUUUAUAAUCAAUUGGAAUACGGUUCUAGUA